AAAAAUGAAAAUUGGGAGAUUCACAGUUCUGUUUGCAUCAGUCUAUCAGAUGAAUCCCCUCCAAGUCCAAUAUUUACAUCAGUUACAGUGAUAAUGCUUGGUGUAUACUUUCAGCCACAGCAGUAGAAAGUCAGGAAUGAAUCUCACUGAAAUUGUAGCUGCAUUUGCUAUUUAAUUUAAUUGGAAUAAAUACAGUUAACAACUCCUUUAUAAAAAUCUGUUAUAUUUGAUCUCAGAUAGCCAGUACACACACUCUGUUUUUAUCCCUUUAUCUUUCACUGGUCUGUCGUUUGAUAUAACAAGAAAGUUAAUAUCAUGGCUGCUCUGGCAGAUGUGUGGAGUGAAGAGAGAUAGGAGCCAAAUGCAGAGGCUGACGAGGACUUAAACUAAAAAUGUGCCUUUUAUUGAGGCAGCACAAAACUACAAACAAAAAUGCAGGAAUAUAAAGACUAAAGUAACAAAAACUAAACGGGGAGGGAAGUAGAAACAAAUAUAAAGAAACUAAAGAUCUGAGACGUGGAACACAACAAAUGAUAACCUGGAACAAGAGACAUGUCAUGGAUGAUACACAGACAACCCAGCAGCAAACAGAGGAAGACAAUGGGCUUAAAUACACAGAGGGAUAAAUGAGGGAAUAAGACACAGGAGGAGAGCACAGCUGGGAGAAAUCACAAACAACGAGACCAGUGGGAGGAAAACUGAAAACACUAACAUAGCACAAGAGACUAUCAAAGUAAAACAGCAAACAAGAGACGACAUUUACAAAGACACAGAGUUGACAUUGAUACUUGACUGACUGGGAAGAAAUGGGGAACAUGGAAACAAGAGUGACUAGACAUGACAUGUGGGACACAGGGGCAAAGCAAAGUAACAGAAACCUAAAGCCUAAGAAUAUAACACAAGAAGAAAACAAAGAGAACCAAAAGAAUAAUCAAUGCAUAUAAAUUAAACAAACAAAAAAACACUGGAUCACAGACUCAAUACCAUGACAGUUAAAUGUACAAUAAUAAAGACUUUAAAUCAGAUGACAAUGUAGCUGACACUGUGCUUAUUAGUGUGUGGUCAACCAGAAAUCUUCAUAGUGUCAUCCAUACAUGAGAUCUUUAUACAAAUGAUGAAAAGACAAUGAAAGAAACUGUUUAAUUGAUAUGAAAUGAUUGAAUUAUAUGAAAUAUUAUGGCUUUGUCUGCCAGAUUGUUUUUCUGUAAACUACUUUGAACUACUGGCAGUCAGUGAUGUCACCUAAAGGCAAGAUUCUAUGUUGUGUUGCCGUAGUUUCCAGAGUUUACUUAUAAAGCUCACUUACAGAACUCAGUUAGAAACGUCAAGCAUUUGAAGGACGCUCAUUUGAAGGAAUAUUAACUCAAUAUCAACUCAUUACGGUGACAUUUUCGAUUUUAAAGUUCUCCAAAAUUACAAUGACAAAGGAAACAAGAAAAAUUACCACUCCAGCAGAUAAAGAUUCAGGAGAUCAAGAUUGUAAGACCAGGACUGCUAAAAGAAAGGCCAGUUCUGAAAAGAAGACCCCAAUAAAAAGGAGGAGGGUCGCUGAGCAGGCUGGUCCUUCCACCAGCUCAGAUGUGGUCAAAGGAGUGAAGCGCAAGGUUGUGCAAGAUGGAGAGGGCACAACAAACCAACCAAAGAAGGCUAAACUGCUUGACCAUAUGAGCGGUGACAAGGAACAAGCAUCUUCCUCGUUGGACACUGGUAAAGACUUGAACAACAAAACAGUGUGUGUGAAAAACAGCAAAAGAAAGGCCGCGGGAGACAACAGAGAGUCACCCAAGAAAAAGAAAAGGAAUGUGGACCAGGACAAAAAAUCAGUGGCUGACCAAAAACGUGAAUUCGAAGCCAGAUAUGUGGAGGAGCACCAGCUCGGAGAAGGAGGCUGCGGAGCAGUAUUUGCUGGCUACCGGAUAGAAGAUCGUUUUCCUGUUGCCAUCAAACACAUUCCCAGAAAUAAAGUCUACUGCAAAGUGGCGGAUGAAAAUGGGAAGAAGCUCUCUGUGGAAGUGGCCAUUAUGCUGAAACUUGCAGGUGAAGCAGAAGGGUCAGUGGGAACAUCAGCACCUGUGUCCUUGCUGGAGUGGUUCGACCUUGGCAAAGAACUGAUCCUGGUGCUGGAGAGACCUGUCCCCGCUGUGGACCUGCAAAAAUACAAAGCAGAAAAUGGAAGAAUUUUACCAGAGGACAAGGCCAAGGUCAUUCUGAAGCAACUAGUUGAUGCUGCAAAGGAGCUUGAGGAUAAACACAUCUUUCAUCGGGACAUCAAGGGAGAAAACAUUCUGAUUGAGACCGGCUCAGAUGUGCCUCGUGUUCGCAUCAUUGACUUUGGACUGAGCUGCUUUGUUAAGCAGCGAUCUCUGUAUCGCGUCUUCUAUGGUACUCCUCUUCACACCCCUCCCGAGUGGUACAGGAGGAGCUGCUACAGGUGUGGACCCACCACGGUGUGGCAAAUGGGAGUGGUGCUGUAUGAAGCGGUUCAUGCACGGGACUUUGAUACCGAGAGGUUCCUCAGCAAGAAACUGACCAUCAAAAAGCGUCUGUCCACAAAAUGCCGGAAUUUCUUGGAAGCAUGCUUAACUAAAGUCCCGGAGAAGCGCCCAACACUGGAGGAGCUCCAGCAUCACCCCUGGCUAAGAUAACACACACAAACACACAAAUCACACAAUUCACAUCUUAUCAUGCAAGUGUGAUACAUUGUAGUAACUUGCUUUCUUUUUUCUGUUGGACAGGAAUAGAUAGAAUGGGACAAUUAAAAAUAAAAUCAAAAUUUUGCUUUCUUGGAGUUCCUGUAACCCCCCCAGCCAUCCCAGGAAAGGGGAUCUCUCUUUGAAUGGGCUUUCCCGAGGUUUCUUCCCAUCAAUCUGGCCCCCUGGGGAGUUUUUCCUCGUCUUCAUAGAGAGCUUGGGCUGGGUCAGGUGCUCCCUCAAAACUGUCUUUAUCUGAUGACAUCAAAUAAAGAUGUUUUACUU